AUGAGAAAGGCGAAAAAAAGAAAUGCCACGUACUCCUUCUGGAAUGACGCGCAAUCACAAACGGAAGGUGUUAUUUUAGUUUCUGAGCAGGAUCGUGUGCUAUGGUAUCGGGUUAAUAAUGUGACGCGCAGAGUGGAAUUGUACUGGCAAUGGGUUGUGGGUAACACCAUCACUGGACUCACUUACUUCACAGUAGAGAGCAAAGACUAUGUGGUUGUGUCUACAAAUCAAUCCUCACAUACCGGCUUUUACACGCUGAAUAUUUAUCAAUUCGACCUAGGCUCACGCGAAUUUUGGAUUGCACAGCGCAUGCAAUUAGAGUUUCCUUGCCCCGAGACCACCUUACUCGAUACGGGUCGUGAUCUGAUACUCGCCGUGCCACAGAACCAAACAGCUGCCAUCUAUACAUUCAAUCCGCGCGCCGACACCACAGACUACUUGCGUUUCAAACUCAAGCAGCAAAUCGCAUCCGAAGAUAUUGAGUCUAUCGCCGGCUUCAAAAUGGGUGGACGUAGCUAUAUCGCAAUUGGCGGUCAGCAGCCACAAGUCUUACUCUAUCAGCAGGGUGAGCUUGUGCCCAAAACAAUAUUGGCGCAUAAUUUUGGCGUUGUGCAGCUCUUCUUUCCAGUGCCGGUGCGAACCUACCGUGACGAUCUGAUACUGCUCGUACAACAUCGUGUCGACUUCAGCACGCACAGCCUCACGGUGCUCGAGACCUUGAUAUGGGAUGGCGAGGCGUUUGAGGCCAGCAUACCAGUACCAUGCAAGCUUGGGCAGCACACAGUCUUUGGCGUGAGCUGUGUGUUGGAUAUAGAACGCGAUGCCGGUCUAAAAGGCGCAACCUACUUUCGACGCGGCGAUGAAGUGUCGUUAAUUGUGCCGCGCCACAAUGCUGAGUCUGGGCUAUUUAAGCUGCACACUGAACUNUUUGGUGAGGUGGGUGAAAUCUAUGUUAACGACUACCGCUGGACGGAUGAAGAUACUCUACUUGAUCUGGAUCAAGUAAUAACAGCCAUUGAACAGCUGGCGUCGGACUUAAACAUUGCCAGGCAUAGACGCGACACUGCUUUUGAUGAGUUCAAUUUCGAACACUUGGAAUUUGAUAGUCUGGAAGUGGAUGAAAUGAUUGUGCAGCAAGUCAACAGUGAAGAUUUUUAUGUGAAGGAUGGCAUGCUAGAGUUCAAUGGGCUUUUGAAUGUACAAGACAUGCAAGUUUUGGAGCGUUUAGGUGCAGUCGAGGAGCGGGAAGCAGAUGACGAGAACGAAGAUGAGAGCAGCGAAGAGGAAAGUGACACACUAGUGCUCGAUGGCGACUUGGAAUUUGAGUCCAUUAAUGGCAUAAGCUGGCAGGAAAUAAAGGAGAAUAUGGUGUCCACAGAUGUGCCGUUGGACUUGACUCAGCUCGAAGUGGAUGGGGAAGUUGUAAUCGAGAACCAAAUCUCGUUGAAUGCAUUGAACUCACUCGACUUUCCUGAUGAUUUCCUCUGGUCUGAUGGUCCUACAGUUAGCGUUGUGCGCGGCGAAAAAACUUUCACCGACACGCUGAGUGUAAAGGCGCUCGACACUGAAGGUUUGCUGAACGCCGUGAACGCAUCGGACGCCAUUACGUUGAGCGGCGCACAAGAAUGGCUUGGACAGCCAACUUUCGCCAACCUCAAAGUUACGGAGAUCUUUCAGCUCAAUGGCACCACACGCGGACGUGACAUCGGCAAUCUACCAAACAACCCUACGUUGAAGGACUCAAAUCAGAUUGAGGCUAUUUGCAACUUUAAGCAGCUGCAGGUGCAUGGUCCCAUACACAUAAAGGGGCUGUAUGACGGGCAACCGCUUGAACCUCUCUUGCGUGAUAUCGUGCAACGACCCGCACAUCCUGAGGCCACUAUCACCGUGCGUGCUAAAAAGCGCUUUAGCGACGUGCAAAUGCCGUUGGACUUUCAAGUGUUGGAUGGCAAGUUGAAUAACAUACCAGUGGAGAAUUUCGUGCCGGCGCAUACAAAGCAGACGUUGGAUAUGACCGCCUUGCAGGCGUAUGUUUAUUUUUCCAAUCUCACGCUUAGUGGUCGCUACGAUGGCGUGGAUCUGGAGGAGCUUAUGCAGAAUGCGAUCAGAAUAGAUCAGCCACAGGUAGCUUUGGACACACAUCUAAGUUUCGCAAACGCUUUACAGAGCGACGAAGUGGAUGUAACGACUAGUCUAAAUGGCGCGCCUAUAGCGGAGAACUAUCAAACCAUCGAUGAGGAUAUGAAUAUACCCGUUGCGUAUUUUGAGCUGCUACAAGCUAAGGAGGCUGAUAUACUGGGAAAUAUUGAAGGCGACAACGCGAAAUGGAAUAUGCACUCGCAGGCGCAGUCUGAUGAGGGUAGCGGAAACAUGCCAACCGGCAACAUUUACAUAGAAGAGCUCAAGCUCGCUUACGGCCUAGACGUAGAUGAAAUUCAUGGCAUUAACGCUUCGCUGGUUUGGAGUUUUCUCGAUGAGAUCGAUGACUUGCCCGAAAUGGUUUUGGAUGGUAAAAUCGUAGUGGAUCACGUCAUAGUUACCGGCGAUGUUCACGUACACAAGCUCAAUCAGCAACGCUUCGAUGAGGAUUUGCAACUCACCAUUGUGUGGUUGAAUCGCCCCAAUUACCUAAGCACACGCCUCACAUUCAGCGAUGCACUCAUGGUACAUGGAAAACUCCAAAUAAACGGUGCAUAUAAUGGCAUGAACCUGCAAGCGAUUCUUGAUGAUAUGAUUUUCCGCGAACCCACCAACGGCACAGUGCAAGUGUUUGCACCAAAGAGCUUCACGCAGCGUGUUCAAGUCGUGCGCGACACCCACUUGGAGGCACUCAACGGCAUACCCUUCUCAGACAUCGCCACCAAGAAAACCAUUUCUAACUUCCGCGGCACUCUGCAGCUGCACGGCAAUCUAAUCGUAAAUGAGCUUGAACUCGCUGGCGCGCUUAACGGACAACCAAUGUCUGCAUUUAGCAGAGCGAUACGCUUUGAUCAUGACAUGCGAAAUUUCAUAAUGCAAGGCGUUGUGAACUUCAGCACGCAACAGUUACACUUGCAAGACCUAACUGUGCGCGGCCAACUUAAUGAGAUGCCGAAUUUGGCACACUUCUUCGACGAACUGGUCUACAAGGAUAAAGUUUGUAUGCUGAAAGGUUCGAAUACUUUCACUGGUCGCGUGAGUAUAGAGAAAGGCGCCUAUAUACGCAACUUGAAUGGCUAUAACCUUUUGACGCUAUUUGAUAACAUCGUCUAUGUGAACGAACCGCGACCGGUGCUGAUAAGGGCACCUCUGACAUUCAAGGGUUCAGUGCGCGCGCAAAAUUGGUUCGUACAGGAUACACUUGAGGCAACUCAUUUAAAUGGGUUUGCAUUGAAGGAGUGGUUCACGGACACUUUGCGGCUGGAUAAACCGCAGGAAAUAGAACAGUAUCUCAUAUUUGCGCCAUGCAGCUUAAAUGGCAACAGUUUCUACGCAAGCUAUUUGAAUGACAUUGAUCUCUCGCAAGUCGUUACUUUGCAUACGGCACAAAAUCUCACCGGCAACAUUACAUUCUCCGAAUUACAUUUGGAUGGGCAAAUUCAUGUGCAAGGUGCGGUGAAUGGUGUCGAUUUGGAAAAGGAGUAUGCGAAUACUUUAAUGACUCAUGGAAAUCAACAUGUCAUUACUCCGCUAACACUGCAUUCCGCAUUGGUGCGUGGAAAUCUAAGAACCAACGCCCCUGUAAACAAUGAUAAAGAUUUGCGUGAAGUUGCAAUGCUUAACGGCGACCAGCAUUUUGAGUCGCCGCUCUAUUUUGAGGAUGUGAAUGCAACGGAAGUAAAAACCAAAUACCGCAUGUCAGGCAUAAACAUGGACGAAUGGUUCAGGACCGCGCUGCGCACGGCCGGCAAAUCGCAGCAGUUCAUUACCGGCAAUUGGAGUGCGCGCACAUUAAAUGUCAACUCUGGGCCCACAUUACCAAGCUACUUGGCCAGCGGGCGGCCGCGACCAAUGCCCUUUGGUGCGCUGAUACGUAGCGUGCGCGAAGGUAAGGAAUACGAGGAUUUGUGUGAGCAGUUGAGGAGGCUGGUGAAGAAGCAGCAGCGACGCGGUUACCAGUUGAAAUACUUGGAGCGGGCCUUUGAGUUGGACUUGAAAAGGGAGGUUGAAGCAGAUGCUGAUCGCAUUGAGAAAAUACAGGCAGUAUUCGCUAUGGAAAACGAAGGUGUCAAUUACCUCCUAAUUAAUAUGGUUAAUCAAGCACGUGUGUUAAAGUGGAACCCACUUAGUGGGAUGUACGACGAGGUAGUCAUCUUUCAGUCUGGCACCAUCAAUCAAGUAAUCGCGAUGGAAGCAGCGGGGAUGUCAGUGUCAAACACUAUACACUUUGUAACUAACAAGGCGGGCGUAGAAGGUUCACUUAAGUACUGGCGUCUGGAGCGCAAUAACCUUACAUUGCUGAAGUCAUUUGAGAAACCGGCCACUGAGCUGAUGUUAUCGGCACACAUGCCCGACAAAUUAUACGCUUUAAACACAGAUACCGUCUACGGCUAUGAUUUGAGUAAACUCAGCCACACCAAUACCUGGUUUCUGCCUGACUGGCUGGACAACACGAGCUAUCGCUUUGUACCCCACCACUCGCAGGCGCUUAUGGUUACCAACGGCGAGGUAAUACUGCUCUUCAACGAUGACGAGUUUAGCGCGCGUGACAAGCGGACCUCAGCGCCGAAUUACAGUCUACCCCUUUCCUACCAACGUGUAAUUCGCCCACAAGCUUACAACCUUACCGAAGUUGUGCUAAAGCCGAAUGCUUCGCUAACGCAUCAAUUCCAACUCGCUGACUUCCGCGUUGUUAUCGGACACAUUCUUGACGACUUGAAUUACCGCCUGCGACUUGAGGUGAAUAUUACACAACUCAGCAUACCGGAGACGGAUUUGCACGACGAGCACUUGAUGCAGGACUUUAUAGCAAUAAUGGAGGAGCUUAGGCGCCAAAAAAUCUACCCAAACACGACCUUCGAAAGCAUUGAAUGGGACAUGCUGCAGCUGCCCGAAAAUCCGGCGCAGGUAUUGGCAGCGCGCACUGUGCAGAUCUUGUGGCCUAGCAUUGUGGACAUGGAGGAAAUACAGGGUUACCUACAGGGUGCUGAUGCAGCAGAUGUGGCCAGCAUUAUGACCAUCAUGGAUCAUUUGGGCACAACAGUGCGUGAUGUGCUCAUACUGGCCAAUAGCAUAGAGGAUGGCACACAGCUCUUUGAAGGCGACGAUGCGGCUGCGCAUGCGUGGGAGUUGAGCGCUGUCAUUGAGUGCAUACGCAGUUUGCAGCACUAUCUGGAAAACACGGUGCGCGUGCUAAAGGCCGAAGCGCUCAAAGACAAGCAAGCGCCAACAACUCGUGAGGAGGACUUAGAAAUGUCGGCAAGCGUGCUCGAUGCGACAGAUAAAGUACCAACCGUAGAAACACCCAUUGAGUUCACACGCGAAAACAACACUUGGCUAAAGUUUGCCAACAGAAAUUUACCUGCUCCUGGCGCCGGUGAAAUUCUGCCCAUCUUAGUGCGUGCGCAUUCAAGCGAACCGCUUGAACUGCUGGCAGUCACCGUAGAGGUACCGCAAUUGGUGGGCAUGCAACAAGCUGAAGUCGUUUUGUAUUUGGAUGUCCUCUCCGGCACGCGCUUUCAAAGUAUAAGCGCGCGUAAGCCGCAUUCGUUAAUCACCCUGCAAAUAGCCACUGAAACGUUGCUUGCCUUUGUCGAGGAUUGUUGCACCAUACGCGUGUUUGUCUAUCGCGGCGUGCAGGGCUUCGUGGAGUUUGUGAGCUUCAAGAGCGAAGCGGAUGUUUUGAAAAUAUUCGCCGUUAUGCUACACGACAGUGAUGGUUUGGAGCAGCGGCCGCACUUGGGUGUCGCUCAUGCUGUAGGUCUAGUCUUCUACCGCUUUGUUGGCGCGGGCUCAACGCUGCGCAUGCCCGCAAACCUACUGUGCAAUUAG